AUGAAGUUAUACACUCCUGGGAAUGGAUUAUUUGAGACUCAUGUAACAUGGGAGGAUAUCGAAAAGGAUAUGCAGAGAGAAUUGCACACAAGCGCCUCGUUUGGUCCGAAGAAGAGUGCAAGAAAUAUAGCAGACGGCAUUAUCCUCACACAGCUGCUAAUGGCUAAGCUGACAGCGGAAAUGGGCAUAGGCAGCGAUUUUAACACUGUUUUUGAAGAGCUUCAGAAAACUUUGCACAAUGGUGAGGUGUCCGUUUACAAUCACCUUAUAAACUAUGGACAUGAAAAUUUCCCCAUACCCAAGGUGAAGUUUUUUGCAACGAUAAUUUUUCAUUUCAACGAUUGUGUGCGACAGAUUUACUUCAUGAAGAAGUUCUCGGAAUCCAAUCCUGUCAAAGGCUACAUUAUUAUGGAGUAUCUAGAAAACUUCAAAACUAUGAAGAUCUACAACAACGUCACUGUGAAGGCUGUGAAAGAGGUACUUGCUGCUAUUGCAAUCAUGGAAGCAAUGUCUCUCAAAUUUACGCCAGAGGAGAAGGAAGAGCUUACACGGUCUUUCGAGCAAUUUCAUAAAGUACUCUUCAAGGAGGAUGUGGGUCCUCUUAAGUGUCUUGCCGAGUUAACACUUCACUCCUAUACAUAGCA